CUGUUGCCUAAUGCGCAUGCGUAGCUGGUUUUUGCACUAGUUAAAAUGGCGGCGCCCGUGGAUCUUGAGUUGAAAAAGGUAAAGAAAAUGAAAAAUAGGGCUGGGAGUUUCCUGAAACUACAUUUGUAUUGUUUUCCAUGUCAGGCAUUUUCUGAACUUCAAGCUAAGGUCAUUGAAACCCAACAAAAGGUGAAACUGGCAGAUAUACAAAUAGAUCAGCUGAACAGAACAAAAAAGCAUGCACAUCUUACAGACACAGAGAUCAUGACUUUGGCUGAAGAAACGAGGAUGUAUGAAGGUAUAGGACGAAUGUUUAUCCUUCAUCCCAAAGAAGUAAUUCACAAUCAGCUCUUAGAAAAACAAAAAAUAGCAGAAGAAAAAAUUAAGGAACUGGAGCAAAGGAAAUCAUAUUUGGAACGAAGUGUAAAAGAAGCUGAAGAUAAUAUCCGGGAGAUGCUCACGGCUAGAAGAGCACAAUAAGUUCCUUGUGUUUGGACUGAAUAGUUGAAAGCAGAGAUUUUGAACCCCUAUUGUUAAAACAUUCAAAGAUGUGUAAGAUAUGAAGAACUUGGUUUAUGUAACUAGCUGCAUCAUGUCAACCCAACCUUGUAGUUUGAUGCACUAAUAAAUUACUUAAUUUAUAUACCAUGA